AUGCCGUCCACACCUAGUACAAUCCCAGAGACGCGAGUCAUCUCCCCGUCGCCCUCCCUUUCCGAUAGAUCAGACGCACGUGAUGGCUACUUUGCGCCGGUAACGCGAUCUGCGUCACGCCGACAACAAGAUGGGUCUGUCUCAGGGCGCACACGAAGCCCACCUGAUGAGACACCAUCAAGGAGUUCCACGCGACAACGUCGACCGGCUCGGCGGUCCAAUCCCAAAAUCCCAGCUUCACCACCAGCUACCAAUGGAAGCACCAACGGUUUCCUAUCACCCACGAAAGUCUCAGAUACACUACGCGACCUAUCGAGAUCGCCAUCCCCCCUCGGUCUGAUUCCUCUACAUUCCAGAUACCGCAGUUUCAUUCACCGCCAUGAAAUUCCACGGAAGGUCCUGCACGUGUCAAUUGGGUUCUUGACACUUCACCUCUAUAGCCGAGGUAUCCAGACACUUGAAAUUACACCGGUACUCUUCUCUGCUCUAGUCCCAAUCGCAGUGACGGACUUUGUAAGACAUCGUUCGGAGAAGGUCAAUAAGUUCUAUGUUCGUACUUUGGGUGCGCUCAUGCGCGAGACUGAGGUCUCCGGCUACAACGGUGUGAUCUGGUACUUGCUCGGCGCAUAUGUCGUCCUUCGUUUCUUCCCCAAGGAUGUUGGCGUAAUGGGCGUACUCCUUCUCAGCUGGUGCGACACCGCAGCAUCAACCUUUGGCCGCAUGUACGGCCGCUACACCCCUCGUCUCCGACAAGGGAAGAGUCUGGCUGGCACCGCAGCCGCCUGGCUAGUUGGCGUUGUCACCGCCGCCGCUUUCUGGGGUUGGUUUGUGCCCUAUAUGGGUGCGUUCCCCAAUGAUCCAGAAGGCUCGUUCUUGUUUACCGGCAGCCUAAAUCUGUUCCCAAAUUGUGUUCGAAGUCUGGUGGGCUGGGACGCCGUUGAGACUUCAUCCACCACCAUCACCGGCCCAUUGGCUCUUGGCGUUAUGAGCGUUGUUUCUGGCUUCGUCGCUGCCGGCAGCGAAUUUAUCGAUCUUUGGAGCUGGGAUGACAAUUUCACCAUCCCUGUGCUGAGUGGACUUGGACUUUGGGGAUUCCUGAAGGUCUUUGGCUAG